AUGCAGUUCCCCAAGCUCGGUGGCAAGGGCGUUGAGCACAAGGACCGGACCGACGCCGAUGCGCCCACGGAUUCCAACUCAGUUGACCUCGUGGCUGAGCAGAAGGUCACUUUCGCCGCUUGCUUCCUCGGUCUUGUUGCCAGUAUCGGUGGUUUCAUGUUCGGAUAUGUCAGCGGUCAGAUCUCCGGUUUCUUCCUGAUGGAAGAUUUCAUGGAGCGCUUUGGCGAGCCCCAAAAUGGAACUUACAUCUUCAGCGCCGCUCGCCAGGGUACUAUCGUCGGCCUCCUCUGCAUCGGCUGCCUCGUCGGUGCCCUGACCGCCGGCAAGCUUGCCGACACUCUCGGCCGUCGCCUGACCAUUUCGCUUUUCGCCUUCUUCUCCUGCAUCGGAAUCGUCAUCGAGAUCUCGUCCACCAACAAGUGGUACCAGUUCGCCAUCGGCCGCCUCGUCAACGGCGUCGGUAUCGGUGCCCUCUCCGUCGUCGUUCCCAUGUACCAGUCCGAGUCGACCCCGGCCAUCAUCCGUGGUGUUAUUGUCUCGACGUACCAGCUCUUCAUCACCCUUGGCAUCUGGCUCGCCGAGAUUGUGAACUUCGCCACCCACAACAAGGUUGGCUCUGCCUCGUGGCGCAUUCCCAACGGCCUCGGUUUCGCCUGGGCCCUCAUCCUCGGUGCCGGUAUCCUCCUCCUCCCCGAGUCCCCCCGUUAUGCCUUCCGCCAAGGUCGCGAGGAUGAGGCCCGUCGCAACAUCGCCAAGCUUGCCGGUGUUGAGCCCAACGCCAUGUCCGUCAACGCCCAGAUCGACGACAUCCGCGCCAAGGUUGCCGAGGAGAGCGCCGGUGCCGAUACCAGCAUCUGGGAGAUUUUCACCGGUCCUCGCAUGCUCUACCGCACCAUUCUCGGAGUCGUUCUCCAGGCCGGCCAGCAGCUCACCGGCGCCAACUUCUUCUUCUACUUUGGCACCACCGUCUUCUCUGCCACCGGCCUCAGCGACAGCUACGUCACCCAGCUCAUUCUCGGCUCCGUCAACGUUGCAUGCACUUUCGGUGGCUUGGUUGUCGUCAAGAAGUCGGGCCGUCGCAUGGCUCUCAUUAUUGGUGCCCUGUGGAUGAUGAUGUGUUUCUUCGUCUACGCCUUUGUCGGCCACUUUGCCCUCGACCAGAACGACCCCCAGAACACCCCCACCGCAGGAACUGUUCUCGUUGCUUUUUCGUGCUUGUUUAUUGCAGGCUUUGCCACGACCUGGGGUCCUCUCGUCUGGGCUGUUGUUGCUGAGCUGUACCCUGCCCGCUACCGCGCUCCCGCCAUGGCUCUUGCCACCGCCUCCAACUGGCUCUGGAACUUCCUCAUGUCCUUCUUCACACGCUACAUCACCGACGCUAUCGACUACCUCUACGGUCUCGUUUUCGCCGGAUGUUGUGCCGCCCUCGCCGUCAUUGUCUUCUUCUUCGUAAUUGAGUCCAAGGACCGCACCCUCGAAGAGAUUGACACCAUGUAUGUCCAGCGCGUCAACCCCAUCACCUCGGCAAAGUGGCGCGGCGAGGUCCGCAAGAACCAUCACAACGAGUCCUCCAGCGAGGCGGAGAAGGCCGAGGCCACCGUUUAA